AACCUAUAAAAUUAUUAUGUUAAAUACUAAAUAAAUAUUUGGAAGGUGUUACAAUUUGUUCUUUGUCAAUUUUAAGAAACUCUUAUUAGUCAUCGAAAUAUAAUAAAAUGGUGUAAUCCACUUUUCUAUUAAAAAGAAAAUAAAGAUACGUAUAUCAAAAUGGGUCAAACGUUGUCAGAACCUGUGACAGCAAAAGAUACGUCUUGCUGCCAGGAUAGUUCUUUUCGUGUUGGAUCAAGUUGUAUGCAAGGAUGGAGGAUAAACAUGGAGGAUUCCCACACACAUAUUUUGUCUCUUCCGGACGAUCCCAAUGCUGCAUUUUUUGCUGUCUAUGAUGGACAUGGUGGAGCAGAGAUAGCAGACUAUGCUGGAAAGCAUCUGCACAAAUUUGUAGUAAAACGUCAGGAAUAUAAAGAUGGCGACAUACCCGAAGCCAUGCGGCAAGCCUUUCUCGAACUGGACGCCCACAUGCUCGAAGAGGAGUGCAUAUUUAGCAAACCUUCCGGAUCGACAGCAAUCACAACGCUCAUCAAAGGCGACAAGCUGUUCUGCGCUAACGUAGGGGAUUCCCGGGCAGUGGCGAGCGUGAACGGCAGCGCGAGAGCUCUGUCUGAGGACCACAAGCCAUCGAACCAGGCUGAGUACGACAGGAUCAUAGCUGCUGGGGGAUGGGUAGAUGCCAACAGAGUCAACGGCAAUCUGGCCUUGUCAAGAGCCCUAGGAGACUUUGCUUUUAAGAAGAACGGCAAGAUGCCAGCAGAGCAGCAGAUCGUUACAGCUUUCCCUGACGUCACCGAACACACCAUCACCUCCGACUGGGAAUUCAUAGUGCUCGCCUGCGACGGAAUCUGGGACGUCAUGAGCAACAAAGAGGUGGUUUCCUUUAUCAGAGAAAACAUUGCCACCGGCCACGAACCAGAAGAAAUCUGCGAAGAAUUGAUGAUGCGCUGUCUGGCGCCCGAUUGUCAGAUGGCCGGCCUAGGAUGUGACAAUAUGACUGUAGUUCUUGUGACCUUCCUGCAUGGCGAAUCGUACGAAAAAUUGCAGGAGAAGUGCAAGCAACCUCCCACGGAGCACGUUGAUGCUAAGGACCAAGAUACUGACAGUUGAGUCUGUUGAAGAAGACGAUAGCAGGCUCGCUCUGGCGGUAAUACAAAAGCUUAAGAGAAUGAAUUAGCUAUACAGGGUGGUGAAUCGGAAAACGGGCCAUAGGAUACUCAAUGUAAAAUUCUAAACUGUUGAAUUUCUGCUUCCCUAAUUAUGUUACAUCAAAAGUCAUGAGAAGUUAUUUGUAGAGGAUUGAAAUCUGUAUUAGAAACAGAAGUUACAAUUGUUCUACGAUUUAAACACAUUCCAAAAUUUUGAAAAAGUAUAAUGUAUUUACCGCAGUAGGUAUGUGUGGGCAUGUUAGGCCACACGUUACUAUUUAACUGACAGUGAGCACAUUAUUGACUGAAGAAGAUAUCUUUAUUAUUAAUACUUCUUAACUAAAGGUAUCUUAUCAACUUUAUUGUGUUUUAAACAGUAAGUGAUAAAAUAAAUAAAAAAAUUGACAGUUCAAAUUGUUAAUAUAAUAAAUUUAUUGUCAACAAAUGCAACCUUAUACACAUUAUGGUAUUGCGUGUGGCCUAACUUUGGCGUAUUACUCUGAAAAAUGUAUUAUAUUUUUACAAAAUGUUGAAUAAUUAUUGUUCGUAGAACAAUAUUAACAGUUGUUUUCAAUACAGAUUUCAAUUCUCUACAAAUAGUUUCUUAUGACUUUUGAUGUAAAAUAAUUAGGGAAGCAGGAAUUCAACAGUUUAGAAUUUUACAUUGAGUUUCCUAUGGCCCGCUUUCCAAUUCACCACCCGGUAUAGGUGUUAUUGGGAAAAGUGCUCUUUUGUUUAGGUUUUGAUUUUUUGCUAAACUUACAUUUUUUCCCGAGUCUUUAAUAUGUUUCCAGUUUCUAGCUAAUUCAUUUGAUAUUUAUCAGUUUUUUUUUUGACGUAAUGAGUCAUAUAGUCUUACAUAGGUGAUGUAGUCUUUUUACGAAACGUACGAUAAUUCCCAGAUCAUUCCUACUCAUAUUUCGUAGAUCUUCGGAUCUCUUCUUCGAAGGUUCAUGUGUAAAAGCUUUCGAAUGUUUGAGACCCGUUUGGUCGUGCCAGUAGUUACAUUUCAUCUGUUCCACCCAGUCCGAUACUGUUUUUUGACUGAAAAUCCACAAGGAAAAAGUUUUCCUGUAGUUGGCUGUAUAUCAUGUAAUACAAAAGAAGUAUCCUUAAAAAAAUCCUUUAUAGAAGGUAUAUAUUUAAAAUCGCUAAAAAGGGCUACAUCACAAUCACAUAACUAGUUUUCGACUGGUUUACCAGUCAUCAUCAGUGCUUACGUGAAAUUUACAUGCUAACCACCAAGAUAUAAUUUUGGGCCAAAUUUUUAAAUUUUAGGCAAUUGGGUCAAAGCCCUGUACAAGUAAACCGCCAAGGAAACAUCGGUUGAAAAUGCUAACUGAAACAAGGUAUUUUACUAAUAUGUCCCAGGUAACAUCUGAGCUGUGCCACAGUAUAAAGAGGGACAGUAGAACCACUCUCCGAAAAAUUGGAAGUAAAAUCUUUAGUCGCGCAUGGCGACUGCGCAAUGUUCUUAGUCGCUUUUGCCCCACUCUCGCAUUGCUAGUCGCAUAGAAACGUACGGAUUUUAACAGGGAAAUCCCGCAUCCAACACUGGUGAAUUACCAAUUGCGUACUGCCGGUAUUACUUCUUGAGAUCAAAGCGCCGACAGAGAAGUGUUUUUACUGUGGAACCUCUAUAUACUGUGGCUGUGGUUUGACUUGUUCACAUGGUGAAAGUAUGGCAGCAAGUGACUUGGAGGUCACUUGCUGCCAUACUUUCACCAUGUGAACAAGUCAAACCACAGCUCAGAUUUUACCUGGGGGCAUAUUAGUAAAAUACCUUAAACAUACAUGCUUAAGUUAGCAUUUUUAACCGAUGUUUCCUUGACGGUUGACUUGUACAGGGCUUUGACCCACAUAUUUUUGUUAAAUUAUAUUUUGGUGGUUAGCAUGUAAAUUUCACGUAAGCACUGAUUCUUCUUCUUCAAAUGCAAAUCCACUAAUGGAUGUUGGCGAUCACAUUUUCCAUUAACUCUCUGUUUCUUGCAAUGUGUAUCAGUGAUUGUAUGUCGGUAAUCCCUGUCCAUUGCCUUAUGUUUCGGAGCCAGGACAUUUUCUUGCGUCCUAUUCCUCUCUUGCCUUCAAUUUUACCCUGGAUUAUAAGUUGAAGGAACUGGUAUUUUUCGUUUCGCAUGAUGUGACCCAAAUACGCCGUUUUUCUUUUCUUGAUGUUUUCGAAAAGCUGACGUUCUUGGUUGAUUCUUUUAAGGACAUCCACAUUUGUGACUUUCGCCGUCCAUGGUAUCUUUAGGAUACGGCGAUAAAGCCACAUUUCGAAGGCUUCUAAUCUCUUUAUAACCCUCGUUUUGAGUGUCCAGCCCUCUAUGCCAUAUAGCAGCACCGACCACACGUAGCAUUUAGUAAACCUUAGUCUCAGUGUAAGGUCGAACUCUGAGCAGCUCAGUACCUUCCUGAAUUUUACGAAAGCUUGUCGAGCUUGCUCAAUGCGACAUUUUACUUCCCUGUCCGAUGCCCAGUUUUCAAAAAGCCACGUUCCUAGGUAUUUGAAUUUGCUCACUCUCUCAAUGGACUUAGUAUUCAGUGUUAUGGUGGAGUUUUCAAAUGCAUCCAAGUUUCUGGAGAUGAUCAUGAAUUUGGUCUUUUUGGUAUUAAUCUCUAAUCCCAUUCGCUUACUGUAUUCUCCGAUUAUAGUGACAAGUUGUUGAAGAUCUGCUAUGUUGUCGCAAAUUAAGACAGCAUCAUCAGCAUAUCGUAUGUUGUUGAUUAAUACUCCAUUCACUUUGAUUCCCAUCUCUGCAUCUUCCAAAGACUCUUGAAAUAUUGCUUCCGAAUAAAUGUUAAAUAAAAGAGGGGAAAGCACACAUCCCUGCCGAACACCCCUUCUUAUAUGUAUGGAUUUGGAUAUAGAAUUGUCUAUUUUUAAUUGUGCUGCCUGAUACCAGUACAAGUUUGCAAUGCAUCUUAUGUCUUUUUGGUCUAUAUCAAGCUUCUUGAGGAUCUGCAUUAACUUGUGAUGUUGGACACGAUCAAACGCUUUCUCGUAGUCUAGAAAGCACAGGAAUACGUCCUUCCUCUGAUCGUAACAAUUUUGAACCAACACCUGUAUUGCUACUAUUGCUUCUCUUGUUCCCAAACCUUGCCUAAACCCAAACUGAGAAUCACUGAUGUCCCAUUCACAUUUUUUGUAUAAUCUUUGAUGUAGUAUUUUUAAGAAUAUUUUUAAAGUGUGACUCAUCAGGCUAAUGAGUCUGUGAUCCUCACAUCUUUUUGCAUUGACUUUUUUGAGUAGGGGAAUAAAUGUAGAGAGCAACCACUGCUGAGGAUAGCAACCAGUUUCAUAAAUAAAAUUAAAUAUUUUAUGUAGUGCUGAAAUUCCCCUUUCAUCUAGUAGUUUGAGUAUUUCUGAAGGGAUUUCAUCAGGUCCAGGUGCCUUAUUGUUUUUUGAAUAUAAUAUUGCCUUUUCUAUUUCCUCUUUAGUAAUUGAAGGGCCAGUCAGCUGGUCGUCUGUAUAAACUUCACUCAUGGGUCUUUCGUCAUGAAAGAGCUCCUGAAUAUAGUUUUCCCAUAUAUGAAUUUUCUCUUUUUCACCUAGCACUACCUGGUUAUCCUGAUUAACUAUAAUAGUUGGUCUUCGUUUUCUGUAUAUUAGAGCUCCUGAAUAUAGUUUUCCCAUAUAUGAAUUUUCUCUUUUUCACCUAGCACUACCUGGUUAUCCUGAUUAACUAUAAUAGUUGGUCUUCGUUUUCUGUAUAUUCCAGCAGUCUCCUUAAGCUUUUUAUGUAAAUUCCGAUCGUCGUGCUGUCGUUGUAAAUGUUCUAGAUCGAUACAUUGUUGCUUAAGCCAUUCAUUUUUUGCUAUUCUUAUCUUUGCUUUUAUUUGCCUGUUAAUGUUUUUAUACAUAUUGCUGCCAUCUGGGUCAUUCUUGUGUCGUCGUCGUUCAUCCAUUAGUAAUAGUAUUUCUUCUGUCAUCCAUUUUUGCUUCUUGUUCUUUGGUUUGUACCCCAAGUUGCUUUUCAUGAUGUCUGUUACAGCACUUGUAAUCGUAUUCCAUGUUGGUGUUAGAUCUUCGGUAAUGUUUGUCGUCAAUAUUUGAAUUUGUGUGUUUAUUUCAUUACUUAUUUCUGCUUGUAUCAUUGGAUCUUUCAGUUUAUCCAAUGCGAUCUGUUGUUGAGUUUCAGGCUUGUUUUUGCAUGAAAGAGCGAUCUUUAUGACGGCCACUAAUAGUACAUGGUCAGAAGGCACAUCUGCUCCAAGAUAUGUGCAAGCUCUUUUGACAGUUGUGCUGAAUCUACCGUUGAUGAGAAUGAAGUCUAUCUGAUUUCUUAUUAUGUUCUGAGCUCUAUCGGCUGGAGAUUUCCAAGUAUAAAGGCGACGGGGGUGGAGUUGGAACCAUGUGUUGGUAACUCUCAUGUUUUCUUCCUGACAAAAUUGUACAAGUCGGUCACCCCUUUCGUUCCUUGUUCCAAGACCAUAAGGUCCAAGGUAAGCACUGAUAAUGACUGGUAAACCAGUCGAAAACUAGUUAUGUGAUUGUGAUGUAGCCCUUUUUAGGGAUUUUAAAUACAUAUAUACCUUUUAUAAAGGAUUUUACUGUUUUUUGACUGCUUCUUACUAUGCAAACGAAAGGUUCUGGACCAUAACAACUUGUCAUUAAUUCAUUUAUUAUAUUACAAAUGACAAAAUAUCAAAUAAAUGUUCUUUUAUUAUACUAUUCUUUUGUUAUAACAGUGUAGUCAAUUAAUUGACAUAAAAAUCCUUCCCUUUUAUUUAUCUGGUCGCUUAUUUUUAUAGGCGCUAUGGGAAGAUGCAGGAAUUUAGUCAAAGAAUUACUUUACUUAGUGUGGCGAUAACCUUUCUUUCAAAUGGCCUAUACUAAUUUUUAACUAUGUAGAUAGCUAUUCCCUAACUAGAAUACUUAAGCAUUUAUUUAUAAGGUUUUAUGUUUCCGUCGCCAGAGCGCGCUUCUAUCGAUGUUGUCAGAGAGGAAGGUGAUAUUAAGAGCAUUAGUAUUUAUUUGAUCCAUUUAUUCUUUGAUAGAUGAUAGAUAAUUUCUUACAAAUGAAUUCACCUAAUAGUAGGGUGGAAGAACUUAAACAACUUUUUGUAUAAAGAUGGUCGGAAAAUAAAGGCUUGAUGCUCGGUUUUCCUUUAGACAAAAACAGUACAGUUUUUGUAAUUAAAACUUUGCACUUUUGUGGUAGAAGCUGGUAUGUUAUUCGGUUAGUUUUUUAUGAUAUUAAAAUGUAAAAAUAAAAACUAGUGAUAUUGGAUGUAACUACGGUAUAAGUGUCGGUGUUGUCCUCAAUUUUUAUUAGUAGUUAUAGCAGUUUUUGCUAUAACUAUCGAAACCUUUGCCAACUCGUAUCAACAACUACAAUUCUUCUCCAUACUGCCAUUUUUUACCUGCGCUUUAGGCAUAAGUUUGUAAACUAAACACUUUUGAUACCUUUAUAGCCUUCCACCUCACUAUUCGUAGUUUCACAUGCUUCCUACAGGGAAAAAAGAAGUAGUGGAUACAAUUCCUCUUAAAAUGAAGGUAGGGCAACAAAUAUUGACUGUGAGUUUUUCUGUUGUACUAUAUGUGUAUUUUUCAUGGCCCAACAAUAAAAUCAGUGUGUUUAAACCUCAGGCUACAUUCUGCCAGAUAGUUAUACACUCUGUUGGUGUUUAUACGAACAAAACUACUCACAGUGUAAUCAAUUCCAUAGCGUUAAAUGCUUUGGCAAAGUCCAUAAAGUAACGUAACACAGUAACUUAAAAUUCAUAAAACGUUUUGUUGUCACACCUUCGUUUUCUCUUGCAUUUACCAUAUAUUUGUAUAUUUUUGUUGUUUCAAUAUGAAAGGAUCAAUUCUUUAGAUAUUACAACUUAUUAAGGUAUGUCAAAAAUUUUAAUAUAUUUUCUUUUUUAUUAAUUUUCUAGUCAUAUUUUAUUUUAUUACAAUAUAUUUACAUUUUUAAGACACUUGAAAGUUAUAAUUAUAUCAUACACUGGAAAAAAGAUGGAAGUAGUGUUAAGUUUUUUUUUUACUUAUGUUUAAGACAUUUUGUGUCCGUUACACGAAUUUUUAGGCUCUUCUUGCUUCACAAUUCGUAACUAGAAAACAUAUUUUAUGUACUACAUGCUUGUAGUUCUUAGAUCUAACGCAUUUCUACAUGCUUUCAGCGAUAAUUUUUGCCAAAAGCCGACCUAAAACCAAUAAAACACACAAGUAGAACAUUUCGUUUAGUUUAUAAAACGUCCGUGUAAGCUUCUGGCUAAGCUCUAGUGUUAGGCCCGGCGCAAAUUUAACCUAAGCCAGACACAACCUGCGCCGGCGGGACGGGUGACCCGUGCAUUUAUUUUUCUAGCGUGCCGCAUAUUGAACACAACCGAACCCAACCGUUGGCUAUCGACGUGGCGAAUAGAGACGGGCAAAAUCAGUGCGGACAUGUAACGGUUACUUUUGAUACCGGUUCUCAGUGGUACUGAGUACAAAUACUGAUUACAAAAUACUGAUGUAUCUGAUCCUUGUACUGAAUUGAGUAGGCAACUUAAAAUCGGUACUUCCGUACUUGUAACUAGUAACGUUUUAAAAAUAUCUUACACGUCCCUAGUAGUCGUGCAUAAAAAGGGUUCUCAGUGGUACUGAGUACAAAUACUGAUUACAAAAUACUGAUGUAUCUGAUCCUUGUACUGAAUUGAGUAGGCAACUUAAAAUCGGUACUUCCGUACUUGUAACUAGUAACGUUUUAAAAAUAUCUUACACGUCCCUAGUAGUCGUGCAUAAAAAGAUAUCUUACACUGAGUAUUUUAUUUCUGCACAUAAUACCUACAUAUUUAAAAUAAUAUCUCCCCUACUGCUCGGUCAUAACUCAUAUUCCUCAAUUUACUGCUCGGAUCACAAUCAUUUACAAUUAGUGCAGGAUCGCAAUCAUUUACAAUUAUUGCAGGUCAUAAUUAAUAAUCCCUCUGCUACUGAUUGAUCAUAAAAAAUAACACUAUCUGCAUAUUUCGUUUUUAAUUUUUAAGCAUAAACAAAAAUGUAAUAUGUAAUAAACUAAAAUGUAAUAUGCUGACAAGUUGAAUUUGAGGGUAAUACGAUAUUUUUUUCGAGCAUGGUUUUAAGCAAUAUGAAUCAUUUUUCGCCUUAUUUUUCUAAUAAUGUGUUUUUGUAAAGGCAUAACUUUGAUUAUUAAUUUCGUAUCGCUGCUUAUUUAGUCUACCAAAAGUUAUCAGAAUUUAAUGACAAAGACAACGCAGUUUUCACUCGGGGUGUUGACUAUGCUAAUAAUUUUAUUUAUCAUAAUAAAUUGUACUUAGGUACCAUCCCUAUUCAUUUCAGAUACGUCCAUCUCACAAACAAAAACAAGUAAAAAUAAACAUCUGGCGGUGAGUCACGCGUCCCACGGACCAAGAAAACUGUACGCCGAUGACAAACGUUCCCAAGCAUAGGCGCCCAAACCCAUGGACAGGGGGGCCAUGCCCCCCUUGCUUUUUGGGUGCUUAAACUAUAUAUGGUUAUCCAAAGUAUACAUAAUAUAAUGUGCAACAUCUUCGCGUCUCGCCCCCUAAAAAUUUUUAUAUGGGCGCCCGUGUUCCCAAGUGAGACCUGCGAACGCAUGCACUGAUAGUUGGAUGCGCAAAACUGUCUAGGCAGUUCGCCGGCGCAGGUUGUGUCUCGCUUAGGAUCAAUUUGCGCCGGGGCUUAGCGUUUUCAGGUCGCGCAAGCACGCCUAACAUGACUUAACGACUACUUACGUAGCCGGGACCGACGGCUUCACGUGCCCUCCGAAACACGGUUGCGGCUCAGUUAAAUUAGAAAUUGAAAACUUUCUAGUGUCUGAGCCACUGAGUCGGCCACUACGGCCGUCUCGUUUAGUACAGUUUAGUAUAAUACGAUGACGUAGUGAAAAAUUAUUGCUAUAGAAGCAAAUAAAAGUCCAAGUAUUCCUCUUAGUUAGAUAUUUGUAUUAAACGAACCUACAACGGUUCUAAAGUUUUCGAAAAAUUGAUAUCAUGCUCUGUAAAGCAGGCCUCCACAGCUUCUAUCAUGCGCGUUGAUAGAAAAGUUACGACUUCUUUCAGUUGAGGAAAGACGUGAUAAUCGGAUGGAACCAGAUCUGGUGAAUAAGAAGGCUGUUAGAUUAAUUCGAAGCGUACAUCACAAUUUUUUAUACAGUGCGCAGGGAGAUUAACAUGUAAAGAUAUCUUUGGACAACUUGCUUCCUCUUCGUUCCAUACUUUUUCCUGUAGAUUGGUCAGUAACGUCGAAUAGUAAUUCUGAUUACUUCUUGACAAUCUAAAAAGACUUCAUGCGGACUUGACAAUCUCAAUUUGACGCGUCAGUGUGAUUGUAAUAUUUGUAAUUAAGUAAGUUUUUAAGUUAAAUACUGUUAGUUAAACCACAUCUUGCUUCACUUAAUCGCUAAAUGCGCAGAACAAUGUAACAAUAUAUUUAGCAGUACUUCCAUUUGCCUUUAUUUAAAUGAAUGAAAAAACGGUAUUUACAGAAAGUUAAUGUAAUUUUUGUUGGUCAGAUAGCCAAGCGGGACAGGCGGUCAACCUCACUUCGCUUCAGUGCGAGGUGCUCUAGUUGAUGUGAGUUCAAACCCUGGCCCAGUGGACAGAAAAAUAAAAAGGCUAACGCAGCAGUUUUAAGUUCUAAAUUAAAUCUACGACUUAGACUGGAAUACAUUGGUCUCUGAUCGCCCUAUAGAAAGCAGUACGACAAGGGAUAAGGGCUUGUGUCUUAGUGAUACUCCCCCAUAGAUCCCUACCGGAAGGGCGUUGACGCCUAAUAUACCGGUGUAUAUGUAAUAUCGUUUUUAAAACACCGUAUCGUAUAGGGUAUUUACGUUAAAAAUGCGGUUAUGUAAUUGCGCCCAUUUAACUUUUCUAUAUUAUAUAUUAUAAUCUUUCUUAAAUUGUAAUGCAUUUGAUUUAUAACGGAAUUAGUUUUGUUGUGUUGUUACUACAAUGCGUUGUCAUCCUUUGUUCAAAAACUAAAAUGUCUAAAUAUGCUUUUAGAAGAAAUGUGCUAUACUUUAUUUCACGUUAAGAACGGAACGUUUGGCUUAUACAGAUCAGUGUUGCCAAAUCUCUCAGGCACGUGUUGCUACUAGUUUGCCGAUAUACGAUUCAUUCUCGAUACGAUAGAAGCGGCAUCGGCGCGCUUCUAUCGUUCAUAAGAAAUACGUAGCCCUAUCUACGCAAUGUUCCGUUGUUCCAUAUAAAAAACUCGUAUUGAAAAAGCCAGAAGCUCUUUUAACACUCUUAAGAAAAUUCUGUGCAACUUGUCUUGAAGUAUCAAUAUACGCAUAAGAAUUCUUAGAUGUUACGUCUUUAGUGUCCUCCUCUACGGAGUUGAAAGCUGGAGCCUGACAGAAGAUGCCAUAAAACGGUUAGAGGCGUUUGAAAUGUGGUGCUACCGACGUAUAUUGAGGGUCUCAUAUAUACACCACACAACUAAUAUAACUAUUCUGCAGAGGCUAAGAAAAGACAAAGAAAUAAUUAACACCGUAAAGAACAGAAAAUUGGCUUACUUCGGCCACAUUAUGCGUAAUGAAAAAUACCGACUGCUACAGUUGAUUCUACAAGGCAAGAUUGAGGGCAGGAGAGGCCCUGGACGUAGAAGUAUAUCCUGGCUGGCCAAUCUUAGGAAGUGGACUGGUCUAACGUCAACUGAGCUAUUUCUAGCUGCUGUGUAUAGAAUAAGAUGGGUCAGUGUGGUCGCCAGCAUCUCCAGAAGAUAGGCACUUUUAGAAGAAGAAGAAGAAUGAGAUGCCACUGAGUUUGGGUUUAUACCUGCUUUCUGUUGUUUUCCGUCUUCAUUUUUGAAAGUUUAUGUUUUCAAGUUGCACAGGUGGGACAAAUAUUUGUGAACAGAAAACAAAUCGGGCAGCAUUGUCUAUUUUUCAAUUGCAACCCAACUGGGUAAUUGUUUCCUGACCCUUUUAAGUAGUUUUAUUCGUUUCGAACUAGUUUCCAAAAUUAUGGUAUUUCUCUAUGUUUGUUUCAACAAAUUAUUUUUUCUUCAAUCACUUUAUAAGGAAGACUUUUCGCUUGUCAAUGGCAACGAAAAGUUGACGUUUACUGAGUACCGUCACUUUAUCGCUCUAGCGCGUAAAGUUUGAUUUUACGCUCGUCGUCCGUAGCAACCGUACAACCAUACAAUACAAACACAUUGAACAUUCAAACUGAAAGAUAUAAAAGUUAAUGUUAUGACAUUAUAAUGACAGAUAUAAAAUAGUUACAAUAAAGUUAAUUAUAACCCCUCUGUGGCGCAGUGGUAAGAGCGCCUACCUUUGAAACGAAAGGUCGGGAGUUCGAAUCCUACCAGGGGCAGAAAUUUUUCGUUUAAUAUAAAUUAAUAAAUGAAAAAUAGUUUCUGUCCUUGUGGGAUCGGUACUCACCGGAGGGACCGCAGACGUUCGGAAACAAUUAGCGUCUCUUUGCAAAGACAAUGACGUCGACUUUGCAAAGUAACAAGACACUUACUCAACACACACACUACACAUUACUCCCCUGACUUAGUGAUAAGUUAUACAAUAACGUGGCUAAAGGUUCUAGUUCUAAACCAAAGCCAGAAUCAGAAAAAAAAAGUUAAUUAUUUAAAAAUAGUUUCAUUUUAUUAAGUGAUUGUAGAAAAAAUGCUGUAUGUAUUACAAGCGCAAAGUGACAUUAUUGCUUUCGAGUAAUUACCGCUCUCCGCUACGCGUCGAGCGGUAACGCUUCCUCUCAAGCAAUAAUGUAUCACGUUUCGCUCUUAAUACAUAAAUAACUAUUAAAAUUGAUUCCCCCAUUACAUUUUUUGCUUCACUAGUGUCUCAUUCUUCUCUCUUUUUAUUGGGCAUGUGCCAGUACAUUUGGUUUUCACUAGUGCCAUGAUACAUAUAUAACUGUCAAAUACGUGUUCAAUUAUUAAUUAUUUUUCUCCAACUUCUGUACUUUUUCUUCUGUGGUUUUGCGGAAUUUUUGUCACAAUCGCAAAAUUUUGGCUUAGUUUAUGUAAUAAACUUUUUCUACAAUAAUGUAAAAAUUUUUGUAAAUAAUACUUACAUAAUCCACCUCUUCUUUUCAACCAGAUCCUUUGGAAACACAAAGAAUCUACAUAUCCCUCUUUCACUGUAGUGUUUACAAUCCGGGGUAAAGCACAUUACCAUUUUUAUUAUACAAAAUACAAUGGUUCACAAAAGUUCCUAACCUUUGCUUGGAUAAUAUGACUAGAAAACUAUAUUUCAUAGAAAUUUAAGACCGAAUUAUGGUGGUAUUAUCUUAAAAACACUACACUUAAGCAGAAAAAGCAGCAGAGGAAGCAAAAUGUUAACCUUAUAGGAAUUAAAGUCUUGAGAUUGGUAAAUCGUAGCUUUUCAACCUUUGUUUACAACGUGAACAAUAUGACAGUCGUGACGUCAUACUUCGUAGUCUUAAAAUCACUUCGUAUUUUUCUGAACUAUAUUUAUGUAUUACAUCAGAUAUUUUCUACCAUAUAGAAUAUUUAUAGCAAAUUGGUAAUAAUGUAUUGACACAUAGCAAAAAAUUAAUAGUAAAAUUUUAAUCUCACGUUUUUGUAAAUCACAUAAGAUCGUCCCCCGCAUCACUCGAGUUUACCACGUAAACUAUAAUCAUAGUUAACGCUCAUAGCGGAUAGACUAGCAUGUCAAACCGAAAGCCUUUUGAAGUUAUACUUCUUUAGGCGCGAUUGAGAGUGAAUUUUUAUUAUCCUGGGCGCAUGCGCACACAGAGAGUAUGUUGUUAGUUGCUAAAUCAUUCAAGUUAUGUCUGUAUCAGCGCAAAUAAGGUUUGAAAAGAAUAUGUUAGUGUUUUCAGUAAAUAUAUUUAUUAUAAUUUUUGUGUCUUUGGAUUUGUCUUCCUCGGGAGUAAGAUAAUAAGUGUUAAACAAAGCCCUGAUGGGGUAUUGGUAGAGCAUUCGACUACAGAUCGCGGAGGUCCCGGGUUCAAAUCCGGACACGGACGAUUCUUUUUCCUUUUUUUUUUUAUUUUUGGUAUUGUUUUAAUAAAAAUUUUUUGAAAGUGGUAGUAUCAAAAUUAGUUUAAUAAUGAAAUAAAAUACAAAUAAACUGUUUUAAGUACAUUUUGAAGUAUAACUUCUUACGUGCGCACAAAGUACACACACAUUCUUUUUUUUUGUAUUUGAUAACCUGUAGUUUUUUAUGACAUUCUGUAAAUACCGUUACUUUUGUCGCUGUAAUGAAAUUUUUAUUGAAGAAAUGCAUGAUAUAUUUUCAAUGUUUUACGUUUAUAUUGGUAUUAAAGUUUUUUUGAUAAAAAAAUAGUAUUAAAUAAAACAUUUCUUAUAUUUGUGUAAUCUAAUUCUUCAAAAAUGUUUGUUUAUGGUUUAGAUACUUAUAAUCCUUCAUUUCUCGAUGGUUAUGCACCAGUUUAGUCUUAAUUUUAGUAAGUGUGAGUUAGUAGUUCUGUAGUUGAAACAGGUGCAUAUUCUGUUCGAAAUAGGAAAAGACAACAGUAUGUUCCUAUUCAAGAAAAAAGUAUAACUUAGAAUGUAGUUUGUAUAUUUUUAGUAGGUUUGUGCGCAAUAUCACUAAUGUUAUAUCCUCUCCAUUUGAAAAACAAUGUAAAUAAGAUGUAAGGUAUUUUAACAUUGUAAAUAAACUUCUGUACAUAUUAUAUCCUGUACAAAUUA